AUGUCUGAGAGGAAGGUUGUUCACGUUCUGGCACUGCUGAUGCUGUUGGCUGCAAUAGGCAACAACGGCAACGGCGGCGGCGGCGGAGGAGGAGGAACGUUAAUUUUGUUGGUGCAAGGGCAAACCAUAUGCAACAUACCGGUGGCGGGGCUGAGAGCUUGCAAGCCGGCGGUGACUCCUCCGAGACCUUCCCAGCCGACGGCGGACUGCUGUGCGGCACUGUCGCACGGAGACUUCCGCUGCCUGUGCUCUUACAAGACCUCCCCUUUGCUUCCUUCCCUCGGGAUCGACCCCAACCUUGCCGUCCAGCUCCCGCGGAAGUGCGGCCUUCCAGCCCCUCCAUGUUAA